GGGCCCCCGCCCCCGCCGCCGCCGCCUCCUCCUCCGCCUCCGCCGCCGCAGGCGGAGAGCGCUGCCUUCAGCACCACGAACAGCUCCGGGAGGAUGAACGGGCUGACGACGCCGACGCACGGCCCGGGCGGCACCAUCGCCAUGAAGGACCACGAUGCCAUCAAGCUGUUCAUCGGGCAGAUCCCGCGCAACCUGGAGGAGAGCGACCUCAAGCCGCUCUUCGAGGAGUUCGGCAAGAUCUACGAGCUCACCGUGCUCAAGGACCGCUUCACCGGCAUGCACAAAGGCUGUGCCUUUCUUACAUACUGUGCCCGGGAUUCAGCCCUCAAAGCCCAGAGUGCCCUGCAUGAGCAGAAGACAUUGCCUGGGAUGAACCGCCCAAUUCAAGUGAAGCCAGCAGACAGCGAGGGCCGAGGAGAAGACAGGAAGCUUUUUGUGGGCAUGCUGGGGAAGCAGCAGAGUGAGGAUGACGUCCGGCGACUCUUUGAGCCCUUUGGCCAGAUCGAAGAAUGCACCAUCCUCAGAGGCCCCGAUGGAGCCAGUAAAGGAUGUGCCUUUGUCAAAUACGGGAGUCAUGCAGAGGCGCAAGCCGCUAUCAGUAGUCUCCACGGCAGUCAGACCAUGCCGGGAGCAUCGUCCAGCCUGGUGGUGAAGUUUGCUGACACAGACAAGGAGAGGACCCUUCGGCGGAUGCAUCAGAUGGCAGGGCAGCUGGGGAUCUUCAAUCCAAUGACGAUCCAGUUUGGAGCCUACGGGGCAUAUACGCAAGCGAUAAUGCAGCAGCAGGCAGCUCUGAUGGCUGCAGCACAAGGAACUUGCCUCAACCCCAUGGCAGCCAUUGCGGCGGCACAGAUGCAACAGAUGGCGGCGUUUAACGUCAGCGGGCUGGUUGCUGCUCCCAUGACACCAUCAUCAGGUACAAGCACACCUCCAGGGAUCAGCACAGCACCUGUUCCCAGCAUAGCCACACCCAUCGGGGUGAAUGGAUUCAGCCCUCUCCCACCACAAACCAAUGGGCAGCCAGCAUCAGAAACUAUUUACACCAAUGGAAUCCAUCCAUACCCAGCAGCAUACCCAGCCGCCUAUGCACCAAUCAGCCAGGCCUUCCCCCAGCAAGCUCCCAUCAUCCCCCAGCAGCAGAGAGAAGGUCCCGAAGGCUGUAACCUCUUCAUUUAUCACCUGCCCCAGGAGUUUGGGGAUGCAGAACUUAUGCAGAUGUUCUUGCCUUUUGGCAACGUCAUCUCUGCCAAAGUCUUUGUUGACCGUGCCACCAACCAAAGUAAAUGCUUUGGUUUCGUCAGUUUUGACAAUCCAACUAGUGCUCAGGCAGCCAUUCAGGCCAUGAACGGCUUCCAGAUCGGCAUGAAGAGGCUAAAGGUCCAACUAAAGCGGCCAAAAGAUGCUAACAGACCCUACUGACCCGUGUUCACCUUGGCCCUGAAAGCAGAUGGGAUGCCAUGCGGCGUACGAAGAGUAUUCCCCUUGUCCCACGUGCAGUAUCCAGACUUGUAACUCUCUUUCUUUGCAACAUAUCACGGAGGAGAUUGAGGAGGAGGUGGAAGAGGAGGCAGGAUGCUCGUGAA